AUGGCCGAUCAUCUCUAUGAACUGCUUACUCCGCACUUCGAUAUUCAGAGUGACGAGAGCGCUUCUCGCCCUCCUCCUAAAGAUGCAGUAACAUCUUCGUACCUGUCGCGACUUACGACGCUUCCGCUCUCCUCAUUGACGUCGACCGAAGCCCAAUCGCUCACCCAAACCUCACAAUCAAUCCUUCGAUCACUCCAGUCACUUUCGAAACGAUCGCACAAGUCCAUCAUCUCUUCGGCGGACCAUCUAGCCGGACUAUGUGAAGUCAUACCAGAAUUAGGCAUAAACACAACAACAUUAGGCGAGUCAUUGCCUGAGCUUGAGAGCACAGCGGCGCGAUUCGCCGAGAAAUAUAGUAAAGCAUCUGAAAACCCAAUUUUGGAUCACAGAAAGAAAGCCAUGCUUCUUGCAAGAAAUGUCGACCGCGUUUCGGAUAUAUUGGAUCUUCCUACUUUGCUUUCGUCUACAAUUUCUACGUCUUCUGCAUCGGCUUCCAUCAAUGCAGGAAGUAACAGCGCUACCGGGUCGAAUUAUGCUUCUGCUCUCGACCUGCACGCACACAUCAAACGACUCAAUGCUCUAUAUCCGAACCUGAAGUUAGUCCAAGCAAUAUCGGGUCAAGCAGAACAGGAGAUGAAAACCAUGACCAGUAAUCUCAUAUCAAGCUUACAAGGACAAGGCAUUAAGUUGGCAGCAGCUAUGAGGACGGUAGGCUGGCUACGGAGAGUAGCCCCGGAGCUCGAUGAAAGUUACGGGCAGAGCAAUAACGCCAGUUUUGGGACCGCUGAGGGAGACCUUGGUGCGGUUUUCCUUAUUUGCAGACUAUCGAACUUGCUUUCUAUGCUUGAAGCUUUGGAACCUCUGCGAGAACUCGCAGACCAGGAAACACAGCAGCGUCUACAGCGAAAGGGCAGCAUGACUGAGGCAGCGGACAAAUGGUCCGGCGGCCAACAGACGGAACGGUAUCUCAAAAGGUACAUUGAGAUAUUUCGCGAGCAAAGCUUCGCAAUGAUCUCUAUGUAUAGAAGCAUCUUUCCGUCAGCAGUACUGGGUCCAAGCACGUCGACCGAGCCUAACGGACCAGGAGAGCCGCACAUACGAAAUUCCCCACUCCAUCAUGUACCAUCCGCGCUGGCGACGUUUCCCUCAUACCUGGUCGAUCUUCUGUUCGACACUCUGAAAGAGUAUCUUCCAAACGUGCAAGACCGGUCCUCAAGAGACAGUUUGCUAACGCAGGUUUUGUACUGCGGUGGUAGUCUAGGUAGACUUGGUGGUGACUUCAGCAUGAUGCUUGCGCUCUUAGACGAUUCCGAUGAGGAGAAUGCUGCAGAGUGCGAGUCUGAAGAGGAAUGGGUAGAUGCGAUGAAGAAGCACCGGGUGCAAGCUAGUCGUUUGGAACUACUUGCAAGUGGUGUUGGAACGACGCGAUCGGCUAAUCCACCCGGACGAGAACAAACUCCUGCGACACCAGUUCAUUGA